AUGGCCGCCGACCCACGUUCCCCAGGGAACCUUAACAACCCCUCUGCUCCUCCUCCUCCUCCUCCUCCUCCUCCUUCUCCUCCUCCCCCGUAUGCUCCUUUUGAUACUUCCUCCGCUUCAGAUCCGUCGGACCUCUCAGCCUCUGCCAACCUGCCAGCCAAGCUUCCUCCCCAGAUCCCGCAACCCGCCGACACCAACUCCAACUCCAACAACUCUCCCAGCCCAGCUCCGCCGCUCAGGUCCCGCGCUGUCUCGUCCGCUUCAGUUCGUCGCAAGCCUUUGCCAUUGACGGCCUCGCACCUAGCCACGAGGUACUCGUCCGGUGAACACCUCGCGUCCACCAUCGAACGGCCCGAGGAGAGUCUUUCGAACUCGAGGCCCUUCUCUGCGGACAGCCCAACCCUCUACGAGUUUCCUUCUACCUCUACGCUUCCAUUUACCCCGGCCCGCUCUUCCCUGAGGUUCUCGAAACCUUCCAACGAGCACGCCGCGCCAUCUUUGGACGCCCCGUCUUCCGAGAGUGCUACAACCGCGAAGCAAACUACCACCGACCAGAGUUCGAACCUCGCCGUUCCGUCGCAAGCUCACGGUCCGCUGGUUCCUGCGGCAGAGGAUGCAACUUUAGCCAGUGAUUCGGCCCUGUCAUCUGCUACCGAAUCCGCCGCUCCGUGGUCCAGCCAUUCGAGCUCUAAUAGCCUCGCGGAUUCCGCUACUAUGUCCAUUUUCUCGUCCAAACCCCCACCACCACAUACAAUAAACGUGUCCAGCCCUCCGUCGCGAAGCUACUCGGAAGAAUCAAGCGACUCUCAUACAACCAUCCAGAAGCCACAGCCGAAGUCCCCCGGGGGGUCCAAGCUUGGCUCAUUCUUCGGAUGGGGAGGUAGUGCAUCUCCAGCAUCUUCGACGACAACAUUUUCGGAGAAUCCAUAUUCUCCGCUACCAUCGCCAUCUCCCUCACCCCAGACACCAGACCACCCCCCUACCCCCUCUAAUGCCUCCAAGCCAACAACCAGAAACCCACCUACAGCUAUCGAUAUUCCAAAAGCAAAUGCUAGCGCGGAAAGCUAUUUCGGAAACGCACAUCUUCAACUACCCUUGGCAACACCCUCGUCCCCAAUACAAGUCGAAGAGAUGGAAAAGGAACUAAAGGAUAUUAGUUCGGAGCUCGCCGCCUCUAUUCGGCGGGAGAUGGACCUGGAGGAUCUGGUGGAGCGAUUACAGUCAGAGGUACAAAACUCGUCGGGCGGAGGAAAGCGCACCAGCGACUAUUUUUCAGAUUCAGGGACGACGGCCUCAGUAGCGAAAUAUGGAGAAGUAGAUUCAAGGCAAGAAGAAUUGGAUCGCAUGAUCCGGAGGACUGAGCAGGAAAAGGCGCAGAUGAGGUUAGAACUCACGGAGAAAGUACAAGAUGAAAGAGCCCGCCGGAAAUAUCUUGAGGCCCAGAUCCGGAGUCUGGAGGAGAAGGCGUCACAUGUCGACCUUGCCUCUAUGAACUCCAUCGAUGCAAAUGGACGUCUGAAGGACCUCGAAGCGACUUGCGAAGACCUCCGACGCCGGUUGGCUGGAGAGCGACAGAUGAAAGAGAACUUCGAGGACCUUCUGACAGCACUGAAAGGGGAGCUCCAGGAUUCACUCAAUGAACGUGACAACCUCCGAGAUGAGAUAGUGCCGCAACUCCGCGCGCGAGUCGAGGGCCUUGAGGCCCAAGCGGCGCAGCACGAAAAGCUCACAUACGAACAAUCGAAGAUGCAGCAAGAGCUGCAGACCCUCAAAGACGAAAACGUAUCACUGAUCAAUGCGCAAAAGCAGCAGAAGAGGUUUAGUAUCAUCUCUGAAGAGAUUGGAAAUGCGCCCGUGCCAACUAGGUCUAGACCUCCGUCACUCACACGGUCGACAUCAGUGAAGACGACUGAGUCACGUGAGGCACUUGCGGAACGGGUGAAGGAUAUCGAGCUUCAACGAGACGCCCUGCACCGUGCCCUCAAGAGUCUGCUGGAGCGACAGGAGCACCAGAAUCGUGAGAAUCAGAAGAAGAUCCGUCAGUUGGAGAUUGAGCGAGAUCGAGCCCUCUCUAGUUCGCCCAGACGGUUAGCUUACGACAAGGAGGUUGCAACUCUGCGUGAAGAGAUCAACACACUCCGUCGUAGGGCCGAUGAGGCCAUAGAACAGAAAUGGCAGUGCGAGAAGGGCCUCAGUGGUCUGAAGAUGGACCUCGAGCGUGCGGAGCAGGAGAUUGGAUCACUACGAAACCUACUCCAGGAAAACGACAUCUUGAUCCCGGCGACAACACGUCUCAGUAGUGGUUCCAUACCUGAAAGCGGCCAGGUGUCCUCGGAGUCCCUCGAACAGGCAUAUCGAGAUCUGCAAAAGGAGUAUACAGCCUCGUUGGAACGGGUCAAGGCUUUGGAGCUAUCGGGUCCAAAGGAUGAGGAAACGAUGAUGGCGAUGAAACAGCUAGAGCAGAGCCUGGCAGAUGCUAUCUCCGAGCGAGACUUCGCAAGGCAAGAUGCUGAGGCCUUCCGAGAACAAGCAGAAGAUCUCCGGCAGUCGGAGACGGCUCACGUGAGCAACGAGGUCGCCCUCGCUGAAGAACUUCGUUCCUCUGCCAAACGUGUCGAGGAGUUGGCAGCGCAGGUCCGGCAACAGCUUGCCUCCAACGCCACUCUCCGACAACGACUGGCCGAGACGGUAGAGCGUGGGGAGAAGGAGCAGAGGGCCAAUGCUAGUAAGAUCAUGGCCUUGCAGAGCAGGCUCAAAUCCCUCGAGGACCAACUGAUGGCCGCUCAACAAAACUCAGAAGAGGCGAUUACUCGCCAUGAAGAGGAGAUCCGCGGUAUCAAGGAGAACAACAAUGUUCAACUGCAGCGCAUGAGAGAUGGGAUGCGCUCCCCCCGGAUGUUCGCCUCCCAAUCGGCCGUCGCGCCGAUGUUUGCCAAUUCGACCAAGGCACCGCGAAUCUCCCUCACCACCUCUGGGAAGGCCAAGUCUGUAUCCGAGGACUCGAAUAUGGAACUCCUGAGGCAGAGGGUGGUAGAGCUGGAAAGUGCUCUUGCCGAGGCGGAUAAACAGAUGGAGGAUGUGGUAGGACGUAUGAACGUCGCGCAGGUCGAGGUCAUGAACCUGCAGAAUGAGAGGGAGGAGGCCGUACGGGCGACGAGGAAGCUCCAGAAGGUGAUCGAGGAGGCGAAGCUGAGGAAGGCUUUUUAA